GGGCUGUAAGUAUCAAAAAAGCGUCGAUUCCAACCGUACCAUCUUGAUAGAAAUUGCUCAGGCGCUUGGCAUUUGGAAGGGGGGAGACAUCGGAUCAUCUGGCUUUGGAGAUCGCAGCACCAGAAGCAACCUAUCAGCAACACAUUGGAUAUCGACCAGAGCUCCACAGUCAGUGGUGAAGCAUUGCUAUAGUCUUCUUGUCCUAAACAAGGUCCCCCUCUUGGUCGCCUACGUCCCCGGGUUCUGGUGGUCCCCGUCUUGCACGUGAUAGACCAUACCACGACAUCUCAGACCACCCGCGGCUCAAAACUCAUCAACCCCGACGAUACCACUGAUGCCGGCUGUACCCCAGACCCGACCAGCCUCACAGGGCGACGUGCAGACCGGUGACUCCCCUCCGCCGUCUUACAAGCGGAGGCGCAUUGCCCUCGCAUGCACAAGCUGCAGGAACCGCAAGUCACGUUGUAACGGCGCAAAACCGACUUGCAGCCUUUGUGUGGAACUCGGAUUCGAAUGUGUCUAUCAGCAACCAGCAGCUGGCAACAACAGACCACCACCAUCACAAUCGGAGUAUGAUGAGCGACUUCGUGCCAUCGAAGACACCCUGCGACAACUCGUCCGUCAGAAGGAUACUUCGUCAGAAGAGCCUGAUCAACUAAACCAAGAUGUCGCUCACCAGACUUACCGACAGGACAGCUACCAAGCUCCACCCGCGCCAACUAAUGAUGAUGAGGAGGUCGCAGUGCUCGAGGAAGAUGACUCUGGCGGCCAACAAAACGCCGUUGAGGAUACGGUGGAUGGCAUGGCCGUCAUUACCGAUCCAAAAGAGAGCGGGUCAAAAUUCUACGGCCCUUCGUCCAACAUAGCAUUUCUGCGAGAGAUUUCCGAUGCGACCUCUGCUUCUCUGAAAGCUUUGGGACAGCCUGGACAUACGAAUGAGGUUAAUGGGCGAGCGUCUAGGGCCACAUCACCGGUCACGACGCUGAUUGGACCGCUAGUUUCGAGGGCGGUCUCGCCGGUCACAACUUUGCUAUCAGAAACAAGUCCCAUCGCCACAAGGCAGGGGGUAAACAUUCGAUCUCUGCCUCCUGAAGACAGAGCCCUCCGUCUCAUCAGAUUGUUCUUCUCAGACACUGGCAUGCUCUUUCCCUACAUUCACGAAGAAGGUGUUCUUCGGACCUAUACGGCUGCGAGACGCAACCGCUUUGCUGGGGUCAGUAGAUCCUGGCUCUGUCUUCUCAAUGUCAUCUUCGCUUUCGCCACUUAUAUCAGCGCCAGGCCAGAUCUACCGGCAGAGAAGAAUGCUGCGGAGUCUGGGAUAUUCAUUGAAAGGGCGCAGGCAUUGGCUACUGAGAUCGAGUUGAAAUCUGCUAGCCUGGAGACUGUGCAAUGCCUGCUUUUGAUGGCUCAAUAUCGCCAAGGCACUCAAAGGUCUGACCAAGCUUGGAACCUCCAUGGUUUGGCCGUCCGAGCAGCAUUACAGCUAGGACUUCAUUCGCAGGCAGCUUCUGCAGGAUAUGCUGCCCUCGAAGCCGAAGUGCGCAAAAGGGUUUGGUUUGCUUGCGUGGUAUUGGACAGGACUCUAUCUAUGACUUUCGGAAGGCCUUCCACCAUACCGAACGAGUACGUCAAAUUGGACCUGCCGAUCAAUCAAAAACUUGAUAAGCUGGCGACGACUACAAUACCAAGCACCGCUGCCUCUGGCGAGAAUUUCGACCCGCCGGAGACAGUAUGCCUCUACAUUGCUACCGUGCGACUCUAUCAUAUUUUGGCCGAGAUUAUCACGCAGCUGUACGGCUCCAAUGUGGAUACUGACCCUAACAUAUCCCUCCCCAUCCUUCUCGAAAGGACCGUAAGUCUUGAGCAGAGGCUAUCAGCGUGGAAGAGAAACCUGUUUCCGCAACUGCAGCGGAGACCAUGGGAGACUUUGGAUCCGGGCACAGUCUCGUCCUCCUCGUGGGAUGCUGUUUUUGACAGGCUUAGCGUAAUCAUCACGCUCAGAUACCUCAAUAUUCGCAUACUGCUGCACAGACCUGUUCUGAGCGCCUUUUUGCGGAAGAGAGCGCACUACAAUUUCGGCGGAGGCCAAUUGGAGGACGAUGACCCAUUCUUCAACGAUGUUGCAAGGAAGAGCAUCAACAUAUGCGAACAAUCUGCAAUGGAAAUCGUGCAGAUCGUGCACAAGACCAGCAAGCUACCAGGCCUGCUGGGGGCUUGGUGGUUUUCCGCGUAUUACACCUUUAACGCUGCGCUUGUUGUCUUCAGCUGCAUCCUCUUGGAGAUAACCACAAUCAACAAAUGGACGCCUGGGGGAGCCACCAUUUCGAUAGCAGCCUUCGUCGAUUCCAACAAGGUCGUUGAGAUGAUCACACGACUCAGGAGAGCGGCAGAUGUGUUGCAGAGGUUCGGUGAAGGUACCAAGUCGUCUAGAAGAAUUUCGAGGACACUGGUCAAGCUUGUGCAGAUUUGCAUGACACUUGCGCAGUUGAAUCCGGAGCAGGGUCCGUUGGUUUUGUCGGCUUUGUCGUCGACCCAGCAAUCAGAUGUGGCUCAGAUGCAAGUCCAGCUCGACCUCGCACGGCAAACGCAAAACGGAGCAGGCAUGGUGGGUGGAACCGUUGCUCUUCACGGCAUGGGUACAACCACGAUAGGGCCGGACGAUCCGUUCAGCAUGUUCGAUAUGAAUAUGCCACAGUAUUGGACUGACGCCAACUUGGACCUCUUCUCCGACCUUGCGGGCGUCGAGCCAGGUCUUGCUGCCAUGUUGUCUGGUUAGAAGAGGGAACUCCAUGACACUUGUAAGCCUCAAGAACAGUCACGGACAUCUGUCCCAUGAUUUAUAUAUGUCACAAGUGACGUUCGGCAUAGUGAUGGAUCUGUGGAGGUUCAACUGACGGCUUUGAAGGCGUCAAGAACUAGUAAUUCAUGACCCGCGUAAGCAUCUCAUAUCAACCGUGAGAGAUACGUCUUCCGCAACCUGCGCGCCCGCGGGAUGACAUUGUAGCCUUGCCCAUGACUCGCCCCGCCUGAAGGCGGCCAUUUUGGGUAGACGUCUUCUUCGCCGAGUGCUUGUAAGAGCAGCCGACCAAGCCGUCUUUUCACGAAGUUGGAACGGGAGCUUUGAUACAAUUCCAGCCUACUACAAGCCAGAACACCGAGCGGUAUUCCGUAAUGGUUGUCCGGCGUUCCGUUUCAUUGCCGUGGCAGGAGCGAAAUGCCGAGCACGACAGCACGACAUCGGUAUCUUCCCGUUCUAUCCCCA